AAACAAAACAGCGAGAAGCUUAAAAGCAAGCUAAAUCGAAGUACAGAUAAAGAGGCAAAGAUCCAGCAAAAGCAAAGGCCAUUGACAGUUGACACAGGACUCAAGUCCUAUGGGUUUCACCAUGGGUCUGAACCUGCUGCUGCUCGUGGCCAUGGUGGCCACCAACAUCCUCUCCCUCUACCACCUCACCUCCACACUUCAAACUCCCAAGAGACCCCCCUCUCCAGCUCCAGUCCCUGACCACCUCCUCAACCAGCUCCACACCAUACGCGCCACCAUCAACCACCUCACGCGCCACCACCCCACCACCAACCCCUCCACCAAACUCACCACCACCACCACCACCACCACUACUUCACCAGAUCUCCUCCUCCACUCCCGCCUCUCCCCCAUCGCCACCGCUUGCCACAACCACCCGGACCUCCUCCACAGGUACAUGAACUACACGCCCUUCUCGGUCUGCCCCCAAGGCUCCGACGAGCUCGCCGAGUCCCUCAUUCUGCGUGGCUGCCAUCCACUCCCUCGCCGCCGUUGCUUUUCCAAAACCCCACAAAAACCCACCUCUUCUCUCCCCCAAAACCCGUUCGUUCCUUCACUGCCAGACCAAAACGUUAUCUGGCAUAAAUACACUUGCAAAAGCUUCAGCUGCCUUAUGCGUUCCAACCCGAAUCUGGGUUUUGACCCGAUUGUCGAAACCGCCCGGUUCAUGACCUACAGCAACGAGCUCGACCUCCCGAUCCCGCAGCUGCUGCAGAUUGCCAAAUUGGCCAACUCGGUGCUGCGUCUCGGCCUCGACGUCGGUGGCGGGACGGGGACUUUUGCGGCCAGAAUGAAGCUGUACAAUGUCACCGUCCUGACGACGACGAUGAACCUGGGUGGGCCGUACAACGAGGCCGUGGCUCUGAGGGGGCUGGUGCCGCUUCACGUGCCGCUGCAACAGAGGUUUCCGGUGUUCGACGGGGUGGUGGAUCUGGUGCGCUGCGGCCACGCCGUGAACAGGUGGAUACCGUUGAUGGCGAUGGAGUUCUUGCUCUACGACGUGGAUAGAGUGUUGAGGAGUGGAGGGUACCUGUGGAUGGACCAUUUCUUUAGCAAAGGGGUGGAUCUUGACAAGCUCUAUGCGCCGCUGAUUGGGAAAUUGGGGUACAAGAAGGUGAAGUGGGCAACGGGUAAUAAGACCAAUUCGAAGAAUGGGGAGGUUUAUUUGACCGCACUUUUGCAGAAGCCUGUGUCAAAAUGAGGGUGAACCUGGAGUUAAGGUAAAUCCUGAGAAAAUUGCUCCAUCAAAUGAAUAGAUUCUCCAUACUCCUAGAAGCUGGAGUCCUUCGUAAAUUACUUAUCAAGCAAAAUAUUUAUUUCCACCAAGGUGGGUUAUACAGUUAGCUUGUUAUCAGUGAUGCAAAGGAUUGUAGGAUAAAAAGGAUCACGAGGAAGUUGAAGUCUGGGGGGGAAAAGAUGUUUGAGGUGGAUGGCCUUUAUUAUUGGUCUUAAUUGUUGGAUUUAUUUUUCCCUUCUUUCAAAUAAUCCUUGCUAGAUUGUAAUUCCUGUUAAUUGUUUAGAAAUAAAAUCUGCAGAGCAUUACACUUC